AUGAGGCCUAUAAACAAUUUAUCCUUCCCGAAAAAAGAUUUAACGAUCCCUUCAGUUAACUCUUUUGUGAACAAGUCGGAUUUUGAAACGACAUGGGACGACUUCAACGUAGUCGCAAAUUUUUUCAGAUCAAACUCAGGUCCUUUCGAAUUGGCCCUGUUUGAUUGGGAAAAGGCAUAUAGGCAAAUCCCCACAAAGAUGGAUCAAUGGCCUUUUCUAAUGGUAAAAGAUCUCGAAGGGGGUCUCUACAUUGAUACUAGAAUCACUUUCGGCGGUGUAGCCGGCUGCGGGUCCUUUGGUAUUCCAGCGGAUGCAUGGAAAAAGGUGAUGAGUUACGAAUUUGAUGUAACCCGAAUUUUUAGGUGGGUUGAUGACAACCUCUUCAUAAAGCGACCUACAGCUACUUUUGGUAUCAAAGACGUUGUAAAACGGUCCUUAGCUUUAGGAGUACAAACAAACGAAGAAAAAUGUGCCGAUUUCAGCGAUGAACAAAAAUUUAUAGGAUUCGUUUGGAACGGUCGCGAUUCAACUGUAAGAUUACCAACAAACAAGCUGGAUCUCCGGAAGAAACAGAUUGAAGAAUUCCUAGUACCUCGAGCCGAAUUCAAAUUCAAUGACGCUGAAGUACUCGCAGGACGUUUAACUCAUGUCUCAUACCUGCUGCCGCAAUUGAGAGCUUACAUACGUGGAAUUUACCGCUGGAUGAAUGAAUGGAAGAAACCUUUUGCCACACGAACGGUCCCGGAAGACGUAGUAUCAGACCUGAAAUUCUGGUUGGAAACGCUAUCAAGUUUCAAAAACGCGCGAUUAGUUCACUCCAACAAACCGGUAGAGGUGAACUGGGUGGGAGACGCUUCCACGAGUUUCGGGAUAGGGGUUCUGAUAGGUAACCGAUGGAGCCAAUUCAGGCUAAAAGAGACUUGGAGAGACAGUGUCCCCGCUAGAGGGAUAGCUUGGCUUGAAACGGUGGCGAUUAGGCUAGGCGUGCUGAUGUUAUUGGAGCUGGGUUUGGUGGCGCAAGGCUCCAAUUACAUUGUCUGGACAGACAACACGGUAACCGAGGCAACUCUCACAUCAAAGAAAUCGAAAGACGCCUUCGUCAACGAGGAGUGGAAAAUAAUACAGGCUUUCCUCAUCGAACAUCAAGUGGACUGUACCCCCAAAAGGGUCAUCUCAAAAGAAAACAGGGCGGACGCUCUUUCAAGAGGGAUUCAAAGCCCGCACAUCAAGGAAACAAGGGUGUGGCUUACGAUCCCAAUUGACCUGAUCCCAUUUUUGUUCCACGCGUAG